UUACGACCUUGACUAUUUAAGCGCUUGGUGUAUUUUGAUAGCUGUACAUUUUGUAGCAGACACCACUCUGUUUUGGUUCAUUUUCAGAUAUUAACCUGCUUCAAACAGCGAAAUGACACAGGAUGGGAAAGAAUUAGUGUACGCGAAUCUACCAGAUUAUGAAGAUCCACCUGAAUGGAUCCAUCCUCAAGGCGUUUAGAAAUUACAGUGAUGAAUAUAAUAACGACUUACAACAGUUCCUGCCAAGAAACUUAAUUCUCCAGCGUAACCAAGUUUCUGAACAGCUUGGAUUCAAUAUUCGAGGAGGGAAAGAACACCAUUGUGGGAUCUAUGUAUCCAAGGUGACGCUGGACAGUGAAGCAGACAAACUGGGACUACGGGAAGCAGAUCAGAUUUUGUCAGUAAACAGAGUAAACUUUGAGGAUAUAGACCACGCAGAGGCGGUGAACAUUUUAAAAAGAAACAUAAGCAUAAACAUGCAAGUCCGUUUUUUCCCAUAUGGUUAUGACAGAACGUAUGAUAAGAGUCGGUAUUUACUGGCUAAUCACCAACAGUCCCCGAACAAUCACCACUAGUGUGCAACAUGUUUAACUCUACACUGGAACAAAGACAUCAUAUCAGUGGAAUGUUUCAGGAAAUUCAAGUGUGUCCUAACCUGGAUCAGCUGGCCAUAAUAAGGGACAUUAUUCACAGCAAGAUCCAGUUUUCCACACAAAAUGAGUUUCCAGCUUCUUGAACAAAUUUAUACAUAUCACAAUUAUUUUAUUUCAAGGUUAAGCUUUAGCUGAUAAUUUCAAUUAGUUAAAAUG